CGAUGCAUUAAAUGAAACAACCACCACCAAAAAAAGUCUUCAAUUUUUGCUGAAAUCAAUUCUGGUCGUUAGCAUUCCUGAAGUUAGACCAUACUGGUGUCUUGUUUAAUCUCAGUUGAAUUAGAACUUGUUUAAGUACGUACAAGUAGUUGCCUUGCAAUGAAACAAACCAGAUCGACAUGGGACACUUUACAAACCCUCCUCAUCCUGCAAGACAACUGGGCGGUGAUUUAUCUCGGACAAUCAGUGUUCAGAUAAAAUAGGAGUGGUGCUAAAUGAAGCAUCCAUUUAUUACAGCAAUAGAAGGCUAAACUGAGUCAGAAAUUGUUAAUUCCCAGGCUAUCUUCUGGAGGGGGGGUCUCCUCUUCCGCGCUGUAUUGCAAGGGGCAGGGAAGCUUCUCCGCCUCGGCUGACCUCCUGCUCCGUCCAGGAUGCAGACCGAAAGCAUCGCUUUCUGCGUGCGUGACGGGACGUGGGACCAGGCGGAGAGUCUCCUUUCGAGAUGCCGCUGAACUUUGCGCUGCCUCUAAGCAUCCCGCCCGAGACUCGGUCUCCGCCCAACACCAGCUCACCCCAGGACAAAGGGCAACCCAUGAAGAGGACAGAGAAGGGCGCAGAGAAAGGCGAGCGGGGAAAGUCUCCCGAGCUCCUUGUCGCUCCCCUUUCCAAACAGCUGGAUCUUGGCCAGCCGCGCACUUACCUGCCAGACGCAGCGUCCAGGCGCGGCAUCGCGGACUGCCGACGACUUCAUCUCAUUCUUAUGGCAACUCAGCCCCAGCUGAUACCGCCAGAUCAGGCUGCUCAGCAUCUCGAAGAAUAUGAAGUCAUCACUGAUGCAGAUAUAGAAGAGAUUAAGGAUGCUCUUGAAGAAGGGAGAAUGGACAAAGCAGUUUCCAAGAUUAGAGAAAAUCUUGAGGCCCUGGAGAACAUUUGCUUGGACAUAGCAGUAACAGGAGAAUCUGGCUCAGGGAAGUCCUCCUUUGUCAAUGCCAUUCGAGGGCUAGGAGAUGAGGAAGUUGAGUCUGCCCCCACCGGGGUAGUGGAGACCACAAAGGAGGCCACACCUUACUCACACCCCAAGCACCCCAAUGUCACUAUAUGGGAUCUACCUGGAAUUGGUACGCCAACAUUCCAAGCCAGCACUUACCUGGAGCAGGUUGAAUUCUCCCGCUACGACUUCUUCAUCCUCAUUGCCUCAGAACGCUUCAAGACCAGCCAUGCCCAGUUGGCACAGGAAAUUGGUCGCCUGGGCAAGCAUUUCUAUUUUGUGCGCUCCAAAGCGGAUGCGGACCUAGAGGCCUCUAAAAAACGUCGGUCACAAACCUACAAUGAGGAGGCUGUACUGGGACAGAUCCGAGAAAAUUGCCAGGAGUGCCUGCUGGCUGAGGGAGUGCCCAAUUCCAGAGUUUUCCUCCUUUCCAACUGGGAGUUAGACAAAUAUGACUUCAAGAUGCUGGAGGAAACCCUGGAGGAAGAAUUGCCAAAACAUAAGAGACAUACUUUCCUCCUUGCCCUGCCAAACAUUUCUCUAUCCAUCCUUCAGAAAAAGAAGGUGGCCUUACAGAAAGAGAUCUGGAAGCUGGCUGCUGUCUCCUGUGGAGUAGCUGCUGUGCCUGUCCCAGGCCUCUCAGUCACCUGUGAUGUAGCCAUCUUACUUAACUACCUCUCAAAAUACCGCAGCAACUUUGGUCUGGAUGAGGAAUCUCUCACCAGGUUGGCUAAGAAGGUCAACAAACCUGUGGAGGAGAUCAAAGAGGUAAUAAAGUCGCCACUUGCUAAAGAGAUCUCCAAAGACCUAGUUCUGAAGCUCCUCACCAAAGCUGGUGGUGGUGCACUAAUGUUUAUAGAGUACUUGGUCAGCGCAGUGCCAGUAUUUGGCUCCAUAGCAGCUGGAGGGAUCUCCUUUGGAACUACCUACUACAUGCUCUGGAGCUGCCUGAAUGAGGUGGCCAAUGAUGCUCAAAAUGUCUUCAUCAAAGCCUUUGAGUCUGAGGUCUGAAGGAAUUCUUCAGGUCUUGUGGAGCAGACUGGGAAUGAAUGCUCAGUUUUAAAUUAAUAUUAGGAGUACUGAAUUGGAUACUGUAUUUUCACAAGCUCACAACUAAAUUCACCAACUGGAACCGAGAAAAAAAUGUAAAACACAAAACUUGGCCUUUUGCAAUAACUUCCUUUUUAUGAUAGCUGAGAGAUGGGGAAAAAAGUUCUUUAUUUCCAUUUAUUGCCCCCCCCCCCAAAAAAAGUAUGGUAGAUUCUAGCAUAUAAUUUCUCCACCAUUGCAAAACUAGGCUUCCCAGUGUUCCUUGGGGAAAGACAAAAAUGAAGUUGGUUUGAAUUUGUAGAGUACAAAUUGCCCUGUAUUUGGCACAUUCUGUAACUGAAUUUGACCAGAGGCCUUCCUUUUUAAUCUGUAGAAUUAGACUUCCUUAUUGUCCUAGUUAAUUUUAAUUGAAGCUGAAGUAAUUUAUCAAAUAACAGGUUGGAUGGCCCUAGAUUAGGUUGAAAGUAUUGUUUCAAGAUCAUAGUGAAUUUUAAAGGUUCUCUCAUUCAGUUGUUCAAAAGUAAAGGAACAAGCAGUCAAGAAAUACGCCACAGACUAGCACUUGGUAGAGCAGCCAAGAAUGCCUUGGAAAAGAUACUGAUA